UGUUCUCAUGGAUGUGGUGUAGGUAGCAAGAUAAAGGUCUAACCCCCCGGUGACUGGAGCAGGACUGCAAACUCAGAUUUCAAGUAAAGCAGGACAAGUCUGUGCAAAACGAUUUAUUUGGCCUGGACGACAGCAUGAAGUGCUGCUGCCCACUCCUGCUGUUAAUUUCAUGUCUCCUCCAGGGCGGAUUGUCAGUGAACAGGCUGCACCAUUUGGCUGCUGUAGAAAUCAAUUGGACUUAUUCCGGAAACAAGGGAGAAAGUUCUGCUGAAAUGGACACCUAUGACAAGAUUGUUUACAAGGAGUACCAUGACGCUGACUUUACCAGAGAAAAGCCUGGCCCAGACUGGAGAGGGUUGAUGGGUCCCACUCUACGAGCAGAAGUAGGAGAUAUUUUACAGAUCCAUUUCAAGAACAAGGCUCCUUAUCCUUUCAACAUUCGUCCACAGGGAAUAAUGAAUGGACAAUCAGCUGUUGAAUUCUUCCAGAAUAACAGAUUAUACUUUGAAGACAGAAAGGAACCCAUUCUACCAAACCAAGAACAUACGUAUACAUGGAAUAUCACAGAAGAAAUGGGACCAUCAACAUCUGAUCCUCAAUGCCUGACCUACAUCUAUUCUUCUGAUAUAGAUGUAAUAAAAGAUUUCCACACUGGAUUGAUUGGAGCUCUACUAAUCUGUAAACCUGGUAGUUUGAGAAAGAAUGGAAAGCAAAAUGAUUUUAGAGAAGAAUUUGUUUUAUUAUUUUCAAUAUUUGAUGAAAGUAAGAGCUGGUAUGCGUACACAGAAAAGGCUCCAAUCAAAAUGUACUCCAUCAAUGGAUUUACAAAUGGCACCUUACCAGAACUUAAUGUAUGUACUCAUGAUGCCAUUACAUGGCAUUUAAUUGGAAUGAGCUUGGAUCCUGAAAUCUUCUCUAUUCAUUUCAAUGGUCAAGUCCUAUUGCAGAAUAAUCACAGAGUGUCAUCUAUUGGCCUGACACCAGGCUCAUCUGUCACAGCUCAGAUGUCUCCUACUCAAGUUGGAAAAUGGCUGCUCUCUUCUCAAGUGCAACAUCAUCGCCUGGCUGGACUGUAUGGAUACCUCAACAUAGAAGAAUGCAAGUCUAAGGAGUCGCCGCAAACAUACAAACCAAGUAUUCUGCGAACAAACUAUCGCAAGUAUUAUAUUGCAGCUGAAGAAGUUUUGUGGGAUUAUGCUCCUGAGAUUCAAACCUAUAUGGACAGUGAUUUUAAAGCCACAUAUUUGGAUUCGGGACCAAACCGUAUUGGCAAAAUAUAUAAAAAGGCAAUUUACGUAGAAUACACAGAUAAAACUUUCACUGAACGUAAAGAACCAAAAGAAGAACCAAUUUCUAUUUUACAAAAUGGAAUCGGGUCUCCUGUUAUAAGAACUCAAGUUGGUGAUAAAAUUCAGGUUUAUUUUAAGAAUAUGGCUAGUCGUCCCUACAGCAUCUACCCUCAGGGUAUAACAAUCGAUAAGGAGAAUGAAGGUGCUGACUACCCUGGGGAUUCCACAAAUUCCACAAAACAGGUUGAUCCUGGUCAAGUCCACAUUUACACUUGGAAGAUUUCUGAAGAUAUUGGACCAACAACCUCAGAUCCCAGAUGCCUAACAAGACUGUAUCAUAGUGCUGUGGAUGUCACACGGGACAUUGCUUCAGGACUUUUUGGACCACUUUUAAUCUGCAAGUACCUGUCCCUGGAUGCCAGGAAUUUGCAGAUAAGAUUAGAUGAAGAACAACACGUCAUAUUUGUAGCGUUUGAUGAGAACCAAAGCUGGUAUAUUGAUGAGAACAUUCAGUUAUUCCUGGAUCCUUCCAACUUUGAUUCCACCGACCCUGGAUUUUACGAAUCAAACAUCAUGUACACAAUAAGUGGUCUUGUGUAUGAAAGCAAAGAAUCAAUUCCAUUCUGUAAGGGAGCUGUUACAUACUGGCACGUUUCAAGCAUUGGUGCCCAAGAUCACAUUCAAGCAGUUUACUUCCACGGGCAUACCUUCAAGCACAGAAAAACAAAUGAUGACGUCAUACAUCUCUUUCCUCUAAUGGGUGAAACUUUAAUUAUGCAGAUGGACAAUUUGGGUGAAUGGCUCCUUGGAACUUUAAGUUCACGACAAGUGACCUAUGGUAUGAGGAUAAGAUUUAAAGUUUAUCAGUGUGAGGAUGAAGGCAUUGAAUACCCUUUAGUUUUCUUUAGGAUUCAAUCUGAAUCAGAUAAAGUGCUUGUAGAGGUCAGUGAGGAAGCCAGUAGAGAAGAACUUGAUGAAGAGGAACGUAAAAUUCUGGAAGAACUUGGAUUCCUAUCAGCUCUCGCACCACAGGAAACAGAAGAGGAAGAAGAUAUUUUACAGUUUAUUGAAGAUGAAAAUGAUAAUUCAAGAGAACUCAACAGUAAAACACCUGACGGGCAAGGUAGUCAAUUCCAUUCAAAGGCGAGUGGAAGUCAGAAUAAACCAUACAAUGAUGCAAACAAAAAUGAAACUGAUAUCUUGGAGUAUGAUGUGGCUGAGGAUGAGCUUGAGCAGCCUAAGGAAUUAGAUAAAAGUACAUCUGAAGUGCCAUUAAACGAAAGAAACAAUGAGAUGACACUAAUAUCUGAAACAGAAUCUGUUCAUUUAAAACAAAAUACAGCAGUUACGAUGGAGGGAGAUAUUAACAUGGAAAGUUUUAGAGAAGACUUUGAAGAAAAGAGUAAGAAUAGUGAACUUCAAGAAUUUUCACGAAGCUCUGCUGCCAAAAAUAAUAACUUGCUAAUUAGCACAAAUAACCCACAUACUGUGGUUAAUCCUGUGAAGAGUAAGAGGAGUUUAGCUGAGACUCCUAUAAUACUAAAGCAAAACAAUUUGCAAAUAACCGCAGAGAACAUCAGCUCUGUCAAUAUUACUGAUGGUGAAAGAGAAGAGGAGUCUGAUCAAGUCCCACAAGAAUAUAACACAGAACAAAAUAGUCAAAAUGAGAAAAAUGAAACUCUAUAUGAAAUGGAGAACACCGAUAUUUUUAAUGAAACAACCACAGCAUCAAAUAAUACAGGCAGAAAAGCAACGCUUUCACCUCCUUCAUUAAAUCAGAAUGCAACAGGUUCACAAGCAACUGACUUUACAGCUGAUUAUGAACAAAAUCAAAUUAACUCCAAUGCAAAUAAUCACAGCAAAAGUACAGUGACAACUGGCAGAGAACAGGGUAAUUUAUUCAAUCAGUUGUCCCAUGAGGUUGUUGAACACUUCACCAAUACUUCAGAACAACCAGGAAAGGAGAGCAGUGAAAUUUCUGAAAAAGUAUUUAUUUACUUAAAGAAGCAUUCAACAGGCAAACAUAGAGUUCGAUUUCAGGGCACACCUCUGAAACCCAAAAGUUCUUUUUUGACAUACCAAGUGGAAGAAAAGGGCAUUAGUGUUACAAACCUAAAGCAUUUGAAAAAAUAUGUAAAGCUGGCAAUGCAUGACAAUUCUACAAAAGAAUUCAAAAUCGAAGGAAAUGUUAGAAGGCAGGCAGCACUUGAAAGAAUGCUGAAGCGCAGGAAGGUGCUGAAGGAUCAAGUGUCUCCAAGAGGGUUCAAACCUGGCAUUAAACAAAGAAUUCAUAUUCCUUUAGGCAAAACACGUAUGUCACCAAGAGGAUUUCACCUUAAACCUAAUUCAGUAAUUUAUCAAGAUGACAACUCGAAUAGUAUUAUAAUAGGAAUUCCAAAGCGUAAAAAUGGAGAUACUCUUGAUUAUGAUGAAUAUAUUGCAAACAUGGAUGCAGACCAUCUUGGAGCUGCUAGAAAAAAUGAUGAGCCUGAUUUAGAUUCUAUGAACCCUUACACUAAUGACAGACGAACUCAUUCAGACAUGUCCCGAGAUCCAGAAAUGAUAGUUGAACAUUACUUACGGAGCAGUCGAGGAAAUGUGAGGCAUUACUUUAUUGCAGCAGAAGAAAUUUUUUGGGAUUAUACUGGGAAUACUAUGCAUUCAGCAGAGCAAUCAAAUACUGUGUAUAAAAAAGUCAUUUUCCGGAGAUACACAGACGCAUUAUUUAGGGAACGCUAUAAUCAUGGAGAAAGAUACGAACACCUGGGAAUACUUGGACCUGUCAUCAGAGCAGAAGUUAAUGAUGUCAUCAAGGUUCUCUUUAAAAACUUUGCUUCAAGACCAUACUCCAUUCAUGCCCAUGGAGUGUCAUAUGAGAAGUCAUCUGAAGGAAUGAGCUAUGAAGAUUAUUCCACUGACUGGUUUAAGUUAGAUGAUGCUGUUGCUCCAAACAGCACAUACACAUACGUGUGGAAUGUGCCGCCUCGGUCAGCACCAACUUCUACCGAUUCAGUCUGCAAGGCUUGGGUCUAUUAUUCCAGCGUGGACUAUGUGAAGGAUAUUAACUCUGGGUUGAUCGGGCCUCUGUUGAUCUGUAAGAAUGGAACACUGAGCACCUUUAAUGAAAUUCCCGAUGAUGCUCGCGAGUUUGUUUUGCUCUUCAACACUUUUGAUGAAACCAAAAGUUGGUACCUGAACGACAACAAACACCAACUUUGUAAAGAAUCCUGUGAGAUAAGCAAGAACAAUUACAAUUUUAAACAGCACAGUACUUUUCAUGCUAUCAAUGGAUUUGUCAAUGCCUCUUUAAGGGGUCUAGUGAUAUAUGAAAAAGAGCUGGUGCGAUGGUAUUUGAUUAAUGUGGGAGGCUCAGAUGACAUGCAUGCUAUACGUUUCCAUAGCCAGACAUUUAUUGAAAGGAGGGGUGGUGAACAUCGUCUGGGCAUUUACAACUUGUAUCCAGGUGCCUUUAGAGCCAUUGAAAUGUAUUCAUCAAAACCUGGCACGUGGCUUUUAGGCUGUGAAAAUGGAGAGCAUUACAAAGGAGGGAUGCAGGCACAUUUGCUUGUUCUAUCUAAAGGUUGUGAUUAUCCCUUGGGUAUGGCAUCUGGAAGUAUAACGGAUCCACAGAUCACUGCAUCAGACUAUGCGGAUGACUGGAUGCCACAUCUAGCACGAUUACAUAACAGCGACAUGAUCAAUGCCUGGAGUGCUCAUAUGCACACCCACAAGAAGCUUUGGAUUCAAGUUGAUCUGGAAAGGCCAAUGGUGAUCACCGAGAUUGCCACCCAAGGAGCCAGUGCAAUGUUUGUGCAAAAUUACAUUAAAGCCUUUUUCAUUGAAUACAGUGCGGAUGGGAAAAAUUGGAAGUAUUACAAUGGAAAAAGCAGAAGCUACAAACAAGUGUUUGAAGGAAACUCUGAUGCUGCAGAAGUAAAGUUUAACAGGUUCAACCCUCCUAUUAUUGCAAGGUAUUUAAAAUUAAAUCCGGUAUCCUUCCAAGUCAGACCUACUCUUCGCAUGGAAUUAUAUGGCUGUGAAAUAGAUUUUUGUUCACAACCUCUGGGAAUGAAGAAUGAAAAUAUUGAAGACUACCAGAUAACUGCUUCAUCCUAUCUGAGUUCAUGGUGGGGUUCUUGGAAACCAUCACUUGCACGUCUGGAUUUGGAAGGCAGAAUUAAUGCAUGGAGGUCAAAUGAACAAAAUGCAGACCAAUGGCUUCAGGUUAACUUCCUGAAGAAAAAGAAGAUAAGUGGCAUCAUUACACAAGGGGCCAAGUCCUUCACCACCACAAUGUUUGUGCAGUCCUAUAGUGUGCAUUUUAGCAAUGAUGGAAAAACAUGGCUACCAUAUACAGAUCAGUUGGAUGGGAGUGAGAAGAUUUUCGCAGCAAAUACAGAAAAUUAUCGGCACAAAAGAAGCUACAUUAAUCCAGCUAUUUUUGCCAAAUAUAUCCGGAUUAUUCCAAAAACUUGGUACAACAGCAUUGCACUUAGAGUUGAAUUCUUCGGAUGUGAUUUGGAAUGAAGAUAUCUUCAGGGCAUUCACAGGAGAAAGAAGAACCUGUUGUAAAGAGACUUUUUGUACUAAAGUUAUGCCUCUUAUGAGGCAGGCAACAUUCUCUAAUAAUGAGAAAACGCGGAUGUAAAAAAAGUAAAUAUUAAUUAGCAUUAUUUUAGUUAAGAUAUUUUAUGAAUUGUCAAAAUAUAACCCAAACUAUCAAAUUGGUUAGUUAGAUCUACAUCAUAGUCUAUUGGUCUUGCCAGAGGUUAUUUUAAAAAUUAAAGUUAUAUGAGAUGUG